AUGGCAGCAAAACGACAUCUUUCAGCUCCAGUGCUGUGGUUGAUUCUCCUCUCCAUUCAGCUCUCCCUGGGCGCUGAUGAAUUGAGGCUGUCAAACGGAACUGGCCCCUGCUCUGGGAGAGUGGAAGUAAAACAUGAGGAGCAAUGGGGAACUGUGUGUGAUGGUGACUGGACCAUAAAGGAUGCUGAGGUUGUCUGUAAGCAGCUACAAUGUGGAUUUGCUGUUAAGGCACUUAAUCGAGCUCCUUUUGGAGAAGGAACGGGACCAACGUGGUUGUACCGAGUUGAUUGCCAUGGUGAUGAACCUGCUCUCUGGAACUGCACACAUACAGGAUGGGGUGCUUUUACCUGCCCUCAUUACUUUGAUAUUGGAGUGAUCUGCUCAGGCUUCUCUGAUCUGCGUCUGACUGGAGGGGGCACUGCCUGCUCAGGACAUCUGAAAGUAAAGCAAGAGGAAACUUGGGCCACUGUCUGUUUCUCACACAUUAAUUUCAAAACUGCCUCUGUUAUAUGUAAUGAGUUAGAGUGUGGCCAGGCUGUGGAUACCUUGAGAGGAACUCACUUUGGAAACAGACAUGAACUGAUCUGGCAAGAAGAGUUUCACUGUGAAGGGAAUGAGACUCACCUUGCAGACUGUCCCAGGAAUAUACACCAUACUAACACAUGCUCUCAUGAUGCCACUAUUGUGUGUUCAGGCUACGGUGGGUACAGGCUGGCAAAUGGCAGUACCACAUGCUCAGGGAGAGUAGAGCUUCUUCACGGAGGCACAUGGGGAACACUGUGUGACUACAUGUGGGAUUUACCAGCUGCCAAUAUCCUCUGCCAGCAUCUAGACUGUGGAGUUGCACUACUGAUAACAAGUGGACGGUCCUUUGGGGAAGGAAAUGGAUCUGUCUGGAACGGGACAUUCAGCUGCCAGGAGAAUGGCUUGCUCCUAAGAGACUGUCUCGUGCGUGCUCUAGGUCAUGAUGAAUGCCCUGCUGGAAAAGAGGCUCGUGUUGUCUGUUCAGGGUGUCCAGGGGGCAGGUUGGUGAAUGGCACCACAUGCUCUGGCAUAGUGGAGAUCCGCCAUGGAAACACAUGGGGAAGACUCUGCCACUCCCACUGGAAUUUGCAAGCUGCCAGUGUUCUCUGCCAUCAGCUGAACUGUGGAUAUGCAAAGUCAAUCCAGAUGGAAGAUGGUUUUGUGGAAGGAAAUGGGCCUAUAUGGAGAGAUGCUUUUCACUGUGAAGGGACAGAGUCCUGCCUAUGGGAUUGUACUCAAGUGACUUUGGGCAAUCCAACCUGUUCAGCCAAAGAGGCAGCCACUGUAACUUGCUCAGGUCUUGCUGAAUCACUCAGACUCUCAGGGGGUGAGAGCCGCUGUGAUGGGCGAGUUGAGAUCUCCCUCCGUGGUGUGUGGAGCAGAGUCCUAGAUGAUGACUGGGACAUUAAGGAUGCCCAUGUGGUGUGCAGACAGCUCCAGUGUGGAACUGCUGAGAAAGCCUAUUACCUUCCAAAGUCUGAGCGAGGUAUGGGUGUUGUUGGCCUAAGGAGUGUCCAGUGUACUGGAAACGAGACUCAGCUGAUGCUCUGCAACACCUCCCAUUAUCAGACAGAGCCAAUGGGAGUUUCUGAAGAUGUUGGUGUGAUUUGUUCAGGCAGCAGACAGAUGAGGUUGGUGAAUGGAACAAACCGCUGUGCUGGGAGAGUAGAGCUUUAUCAUCAUGGCAUCUGGGGCACCAUCUGUGAUGAUAACUGGGAUCUAUCAGAUGCCAAUGUUGUUUGCAAACAGCUUGGAUGUGGGCAUGCCAUCGAGGCAUUUGUCUCUGCUCAUUAUGGUGAAGGAUCAGGGAAGAUCUGGAUGGAUGAUGUGAAUUGCACUGGGGCUGAAUCUGAUCUCUGGGCAUGCCCCUCUAGGGCAUGGGGCCAGCACAACUGCCAACACAAAGAGGAUGCUGGAGUCCUGUGCUCAGAUUUCCUGGCUCUGAGGCUGGCGAAUGGCAACGACUGUGCUGGACGUGUAGAAGUUUUCUACAACGGGACGUGGGGGAGCGUUUGUUCCAAUAGCAUGUCCCAGCUCACCGCAGUAACCAUGUGCAAACACCUGGGCUGUGGAGAUGGAGGAGCAAUAGCCACGGACUUCAAAUACGGCAGAGGGUCUGGGCCCACGUGGCUGGACCACAUUGAGUGCACUGAGCAGCACAGCUCGCUCUGGCAAUGUCAGUCAGACCCCUGGGAUCCUCAGUCGUGCAAUAACCGAGCUGAAGAGACACAUAUUACUUGCACUGGAAGAAAGGAGGCAAUAUCUCCAUCUGCAUUUGCUGAGUGUCCAAACUCUACAAGUUGUUCAGACAGGGAGAAGUUACGAGUCGUGGGAGGGGAGGAUGAAUGUUCAGGCAGAGUGGAGAUGUGGCACCAAGGAUCCUGGGGAACAAUCUGUGAUGACGCCUGGGACGUGGCAGAUGCCCAUGUUGUAUGCAGGCAGCUGGGCUGUGGAUCUGGUGUGUCUGCUCUGAGUGAGGCUGCCUUUGGGGAAGGCACUGGUCCCAUCUGGUUGGAGAAGGUGCACUGUAAAGGAACAGAGCUGUCUCUUUGGGACUGUCCUUCCAAGCCUUUGUUUGGUAAAAACUGUGAUCAUAAGGAAGAUGCUGCUGUGAAUUGCUCUGGUGUGACAAAAACAACAGCACCACCCACAAGAGCAGAUCGUCCCCGGCGCCCUGCCAUGGGCAGUACGAGAUUUUCAGUGCCUGUCAUCCUCUGCAUUAUCCUGGGGACCCUUCUCUGCCUGGUCCUUGCCAUUCUUGCUGGGCAGAUCCGACGUGCCAGGGCACAGCAGAGAGGCUACAGACUGUCCUAUGACCCCUUCUCCGAGGCUGUCUAUGAAGAGAUUGAUUAUAACCUGAUGAAGGAAAAGCAGGGCGUGACUUUCCUCUCAGAUUCUUAUUCAGAGAGCUCAAAAUCGAAGGAACAGUUUUAUAGAGCAGACAGUGAUGAAGAAAAUGGUCCUGGAGCAACUCAAGAGAUCUUUUCACUGCCUGAAAAAGCCCUGGAAGAUGCUUAUGAUGAUGCAACAGAAGCUCCUGGACCUAGAGAUGCUUCUCUUUCUGGGCAGAAUGAACAGGAAAUCAUUGGUAACCCUGGAGAAAGUGACAGAAACAAGGAUUCACAAACAGACUGGAUUCCCAGAAACAGGACCUCUGAGGCUGAGAGACCCUCAUCCCCUGCUCUUGAAGAUACGAGCUAUGAUGACAUUGAAGAUCUGGAGCCCUGAUAGAGACUACUGAACUGUGCUGACUUCUUCUGGAAAUACACCACUGUUCAUAAAAUGCUAAUCGUGUACUAGCAGAACCAGAACAACCUGCAUUUAGGAUUAGUUUGCAUAAGUUUGGGCUAUUUCCAGAGAAGAGAUUACAUACAUAAAAAAUAAGCAAGCAUGGCUGUUAAGAAAAUAUUUCAAAUUUCUCUUAUAAUUUCUUGUUGCUAAGACUUAGUGGACACUUUUUGCUUUUAUUUUCAAAUACCUUAAUUUUAUUUUUUUUUCUGAGUUAAUUUUAAAAAAUAUGAUUUAUGUUUUUUAUUAGAAACUGAUCCAAAGAUCUCAAAUUAUGCUUUUCCUUCUGGAUAUAUGGGGACAGCUUUUGGGAAUUAUUCAGAAUGGAGACUGAACUGCCAGAAAAUCAUCAAAAUUCUGUUUAAGCCAGGUCUUUCAGAAAGGAAUUCUUGCUGAUUGCUUCUGCAGCAACAUCAACAAGAUGUGACAGGUGUGCUGCAGGCAUGCUGCAGGCAGAAGGAGGAAAACACAUACACUCAUGGGAUUUAACUGCAUCAUGCGAUCUACUUUUCCUGGCUCACUAACAGGAAAACUCAGGAAACAGAAAGUUCUUGCAAAGAAUAGGAAAAGACAGCAGAAAUCAGCAGGGGCAACUAAUUCUGUGCCAGAAAAAGGUGUAGCAAGCUAUUUAUCCCUGUCAGAACUAUCUACACAGGACAGAACUUCUCUGCAGGUGCACCAGGCAGUGACCAGGAAGAAGGAAUCCCAUGGGACUCAGAGAUGGCAAUAACUGGUACCAUAGGCAUGAUCCAGUUAAACUGAGUGCUCCCCAGGUGACUGGGGUAUAUAAUCCUCAAUGUGAUUGAGUAAGUGGGAUACUGGGAAUGUGUUAAAAUUUGUAGCCAAACUCCUACAGAAUUCUGCCUGCACCUGAAUGGCACCUGCACAAGGAAAUUUUUAGGAUAAUUGGAGUAAUUGGAUUAAAAGCAUAUUAACAAUACAAGAUUAAUAAAAGAUGUAAAAUGGCUUAACUGUGGGAUCUGUCAGGAAAAGUUUCUCUUCUAAGGCAUGAAAAUAGAUGCAUUCAGGAUGAAACCCAAGAGAAUCAGGCUACAGCUGAGCUCAUUACAAAUCCAUCUUUCAAACUUUUGGAAAAAAACAGGUACAAAAGGAAGUUGUUUGUGAGUGGGGUUACAGGCAACAGUGCUUGUUGCAGAGUGUGUAGCCAGCUGUGUUGGAGUCACCUCUGUGUGUACAUGUGUAUCUCUCUAGGACACACACUCAGCCUCUCUACUGGCUGAACCAGAACUCGGGAAUGCAGCAGUCACAUCCUCAGGCUCCAGUGGC